UCCCCACCACCGUACACACCCCCACCCUGCCUCUCUCCGCACCGGUCUCGCACCCACCUGAGACCGGCCGCCGUUUCUCGGUGUCUCUCUCUCUCUGCCCGCUCCGGCGAGAGGGGGUGCCACACACACGUACGUACGGGAGGAUCAGUGCAACAAGUGACCGCGCGCGUGCGUGCUCUCCCCCCGACCGAUGACAACGAUGCGCGCCUCCGCCGCGCUGCUGCUGGUGGCGGCGGCGGUCCUCGCCGCCGUGCGCGCCGAGGACCCGUACCACUUCUUCGAUUGGAAGGUGACGUACGGGACCAGGACGAUUAUGGACGUGGCCCAGAAGGUGAUGCUCAUCAACGACAUGUUCCCCGGCCCAACCAUCAACUGCAGCUCCAACAACAACAUCGUCGUCAACGUCUUCAACCAGCUCGACCAUCCCCUCCUCUUCAACUGGCACGGGAUCCAACAGAGGAAGAACUCGUGGAUGGACGGAAUGCCGGGGACGAAUUGCCCGAUCCAGCCGGGCACAAACUGGACGUACAAAUGGCAGCCCAAGGACCAGAUCGGGACCUUCUUCUACUUCCCCAGCAUGGGCAUGCAGCGCGCGGCCGGCGGCUACGGGAUCAUCACCGUGCACAGCCGGCUGCUCAUCCCGGUGCCCUUCGACGAGCCGGCCGGCGACUACCCGGUCCUCGUCGGCGACUGGUACACCAAGGACCACACCGUGCUGGCGAAGAACCUCGACGCCGGCAAGAGCAUCGGCCGGCCGGCGGGUCUCGUCAUCAACGGCAAGAACGAGAAGGACGCGUCCAACCCGCCCAUGUACACCAUGGAGGCCGGCAAGGUGUACCGGUUCCGCGUCUGCAACGUGGGGAUCAAGACGUCGCUCAACGUGCGCAUCCAGGGCCACAGCCUCAAGCUCGUGGAGAUGGAGGGCUCGCACACCGUGCAGAACAGCUACGACUCGCUGGACGUGCAUGUCGCCCAGUGCGUCUCCUUCCUCGUCACCGCCGACCAGAAGCCCGGCGACUACCUCCUCGUGGCCUCCACCCGCUUCUUGAAGGAGUACAGCGCCAUCACCGCCAUCGUCCGGUACAACGGGUCGAACACGCCGGCGUCGCCCAAGCUGCCGGAGGGGCCGAGCGGGUGGGCGUGGUCCAUCAACCAGUGGAGGUCGUUCCGCUGGAACCUGACGGCGAGCGCGGCGCGGCCCAACCCGCAGGGGUCCUACCACUACGGGCAGAUCAACAUCACGCGCACCAUCAAGCUCUGCACCAGCAAGGGGAAGGUGGACGGCAAGGAGCGGUUCGCCCUCAACGGCGUGUCGCACGUCGACGACGCCCAGACGCCGCUCAAGCUCGCCGAGUACUUCAACGCCUCCUCCGGGGUGUUCGAGUACAACCUCAUCGGCGACGUGCCGCCGGCCACCACCGUCCCGCAGAAGCUCGCGCCCAACGUCAUCUCCGCCGAGUUCCGCACCUUCAUCGAGGUCGUCUUCGAGAACCCCGAGAAGAGCAUCGACUCCUUCCACAUCAACGGCUACGCCUUCUUCGCCGCCGGCAUGGGGCCGGGGAUAUGGACGCCGGAGUGCAGGAAGACGUACAACCUGCUGGACACGGUGAGCCGGCACACGAUCCAGGUGUACCCGAGGUCGUGGACGGCGGUGAUGCUGACGUUCGACAACGCGGGGAUGUGGAACAUCAGGUCCAACAUGUGGGAGAGGUACUACCUCGGGGCGCAGUUGUACGUCAGCGUGGUAUCGCCGGCGAGGUCGCUCCGGGACGAGUACAACAUGCCGGAGAUAGCCCUCCGCUGCGGCAAGGUCGUCGGCCUGCCGAUGCCGCCGUCCUACCUCCCCGCAUAAUAAAGCAGAACCCCCAACCAAGCUCAGGAACCCAUCCAUGGUGCUAGCUGCUGCUGUACACACAAACAACGCAGGCGACAGGGAGAGCACGAGUUUUUCCGUUUCCUUUUUUCGUACGUCCCCCCGUUUAUUCUUCUUGCUCGGUUUACUUUCUCUUUCGAGGAAUAAAAUUGGGCUUCAAGAUCGACGGCUUCAAUUACCUGAUGUCGUCACACCGGAACGAGGAUGAAAACACAGCAAGGAGAAAGAUUGGCCAGCGAGAUGCAUGGAAUGCAUACAAAAGCUCGAGAUGCCCUCUCGAAUCGUCGUUGCAUGUAGUAGGAGUAUUGAUUCUACCUGAUCGUCAAUUAAUUUAUCCCCCAGUUAAUAAGUCCUUCAAACCAAUUGAUUGUUCUGUGUCUAUAAUAUAUAUGUACAUGAGUAUCUCCUCUCGAUUGUUUUGAUGUAAUUUUUGGUUAUUUCUAUCCUCGAUUUUGUUCGGUACUUCACCUUUGUAAGCUGUUGUUCCGAUAGAUGAAAAUCACAGUAGUAUAUGAGACAUAUGGAUGUGCAAUUCAGUGUACCUUUUGAAUUCGAUCAGAUUUGCAUUUUCAGUGCCAUGCA